AUGAGGAACGAAUUCAAAAUCCGGCCGCAGACCCAAGAUGCUGCGGCAGGUAGUAACAAAAACCCGAACCACAAGAACGCUGCGAAGGUCUUCAUACAUCCCUCGACCUUUGCUCAAGCUGGGUUCACUGCCGGUCACAUAUGCGUUCUCGAGGCUGAUGGAGGUAUUCGGCGAGAUGCAGUGGCCUGGCCCCUGCCAGAUAAGAACGUCGCCAACAACAUAGCGUCGAUAAGUCGUGUUCUCAAGGAUACGGGUGGUUUAGAGUACAAUCAGAUGGUGCGACUAUUCCCGGGAGAGGCAGUGCCAGAGGCCCAGGUCGUCGUUAUGAGGGAAACAACGGGCCCUGGUGCUACACCUCUCAUGGCCUCCGAACAAACUCGUUGGGAGCAUCAUCUCGCACAUAAGCUUGAGGUUGCCGAGUACAUCUUGCCAGGGAUCUAUUUUGACGACAUCGUUCUGGAGGGAGUGAGACGCUCUUAUAUUGUGGAAUCCGUCAACGGAGGGACCAAAGGCGUGGCAAAGUACACCCAUGGGUGCACAACUAUCGACUUCUUCGAUAAUGAGGCGAAAGAAGUCGGUGGCAAGCUCAGACUGGGCCAUAUCCCGGCUUUACAACCCCAAAUGGAUCAGCUGAACAACUUUCUCGAUGACUACGACGUCGACUUUGACGGAUACACUAGACCGCUGUUUUCCUGUGGUAUAGUCAUCUAUGGAAGCCACGGCACCGGAAAGACCAUGCUUCUGGACCGUAUUGCUGCUACGAAUUGGGGCAGAGUCGUCCGAAUUGGCCGCAAAGAGAAGCCCGCAACAAUACAAAUCCAUUUUAAGACCGCCCUUGAACAGCGGACACCGACUAUAGUCUUGAUUGACGACAUCACAGAACUAAUUGGGAAGGACAUCGCAAAUCGGACCAGUUUCAUUGACGCUAUAGGAGAUGGUCUGGACGCUUUAGCUAGCAGAGCCCGGGAACAGAAUAGACGGCCUAAUGUGUUCGUGGUUGCGACCUGCUUGGACUAUCUGACCGACAUCCCAUACAAUCUCCAGCGUGAAGGUCGAUUCAAGACGCAUAUUGGCCUUCCCAUUCCCGAUGCGCAGGGACGGAAAGAGAUUAUUCGCUCCUUUGCACCCACGUUCCCCCCUGACUCCUUCGAACAAUGGAUAUCGGACCUCGGUGAUCGGACGCACGCCUAUACAGGAGCAGAUCUAGGUGAUGUGCUCUGCAGCGCUACGCAAGCGUGGAAGAGAAGGGUGCCUCGUCGUUCGAAAGAGGAGCCUCUGCUAUGGGAGGACGUACGAAAGGGCCUCCAGGAAGUCCGCCCUUCUGCCAUGCAUGACAUUGAUCUCAAGCCACCCACUAUACGCUGGAGCGAUAUUGGUGGAUACGAGGAUGUCAAGGCAGCUCUCCAGGAAGUUCUCCAGCCUCGCAGGGACGCGCAGGAGAAUCUGUCCGACCUAACGAAGGGUAUACUCCUCUACGGCCCCCCAGGUUGCUCCAAGACUAUGACAGCACAGGCUAUGGCCACGGAAUCCGGGUUCAAUUUCUUCGCCGUCAAGGGAGGCGAGAUGUUGAACAUGUACGUCGGCGAAACAGAACGCUCGAUACGCAACCUCUUCAAGAGAGCACGCGAGGCCAGCCCCAGCAUCAUAUUCUUCGACGAGAUCGACUCUAUAGCAGGAUCACGGUCUGGCUCCGGGGGUGCUACAAGCGGCGGAGGCGUCCAGGCCCUGACGACACUACUCAACGAAAUGGACGGGUUCGAGCAGAUAGGGGACGUGUUUGUCCUCGCAGCCACCAACAAGCCAGACACGCUGGAUCCGGCCCUGAUACGACCCGGCAGAUUCGACGAGCUCAUAUACGUGCCGCUGCCCGACCACAAGGCACGGGAGGCUAUAAUAGCAAACAAGGCGAAGAAACUGGCUUUCACGGGGGAUAUCGACGUCACGGAGCUGGCUAGACAGACGGAGGGCUAUUCAGGGGCCGAAGUUGCGAGUAUAUGCGGCAAGGCAUUCAGGGGCAUCAGACACGACGUGCGUGGUUCUGAAAUGGAUAUACUGCAGGCUGCCAUAAGGAGGACCCCGAAACGCGUGUCUAGGGACCUUUUGGACCACUUUAGGGACUGGCAUGAGAAAUUCGCUCAAUAG